CCACAUCUGUAAUUGUAAAAACAAAGGGAGAACAAAAUAACACCUUACAGACACAGACAUUGUUUAACAAAAGAUAGUCUUCUUUUCGUAAUCAUGCCUCUAAAUCCUGUGCGUAAAACUUAUUAUUUUAGCCCUGGUCAUUAAUAUUCCUCCUCUUUGUUCAGUUUUAGAAGUGUUGAAGGUGAAUUAAUAAGAGCUGGUCUGCUUCCGUUCCUGUCUUUAAAAGUUUACCGCUCAAGUUGUAGUUUCAGAAGACAAAGGCUGGUGUGGGUGUGGGAUGCUGUCUAUGUCCGCCCCGAAUGAUUAAUAGUUGUGGUGGGAUUUUUCCACGCCCGCUGCUCGGUGUUGACGGAAAACAAGCGCCAAACGGUGCCGAGAAGAGAGAAGCUCUCCCGGGCUAGGACUUUUGGCAAUACCUGGAGUGGCAGCUAGAUAUCUACCAUGACACACACCACGCUCUUCAGAUAGAAAUAGGUUUAUAUUAAGGUGGUUUUGGCAAACCACAGCAGGAUUAAGUCUUAGUCGGCACUUUUGCCAUUAUCCCCCCCCCCCCCCCCUUCCAAAGCUCCAAAACUCUUCCUUUGCACAAACCUAUAAUUUCCAACAUCAUUCAACUGGUCAUAGGAAACGCGUAAGCGCAUUUAGGUCGAAUGGGGGUCCAUGUAGUGAUCAGCGGGGUCAAGCAGCCACUCUUUGGUUUCCUCACCUCCACUUUCCGCUCACUGCUGACUGACACGCACCCCUCACGACCACCAGGACGCGCACACUCCUUGUUUAGGACAGAAAUCCAGCCAAGUAAAUCCAGGCCAUCGCACGGUCUCCACACCUUGAACUGCCUUCGGUUCACCCGAGGAGGCCAUUGGCGGAGAGGCGUCACGUGACCACGGGGUGCCAAUGUUAUUCUACAAGGGUGUCAAGACCCUGUCAGUUUCUGAAAUAAAUAUUGGGAAACGGCGAGAUGCAAAAGGCAACCUACUACGACAGCUCCGCAAUUUACAGUGGCUACCCAUAUCAAAGCGCAAAUGGCUUCAGUUAUGAUGCCAAUCAGGUCCAAUAUCCCCGGGCCUCUCAUGUGGAAAGUGAGUACCAUCGACCUGCCUGCUCCCUGCAGUCUCCUGACGGCUCCGUGGCUCUGCAAAAGCCGGGGGAGAUGGCGGAGAGCUGCGACAGGACCACAGCCAUUCAGGCGGCGCAGUCCAAGGUUCAUCCCGAAAGCAAUCAACCGCAGGUGCCAGUGUCAGCCCCACCCCCUCCCUCACAAUCCCCCGGUGCUAUCAGCCAAAACACAAGCAACGGGUCCAACCAGCCCAGUGCCAAGAACGGCUCGCCGACCUCUACUACACGCAAACAGAUCUUCCCCUGGAUGAAGGAAUCCCGUCAGAACACUAAGCAGAAACCCACCAGUAGCUCCAGUUCAGUGGAGAGUUGCCCCGGAGACAAGAGUCCUCCGGGGUCAGCAGCAUCGAAGAGGGCCCGGACAGCUUACACCAGCGCCCAGUUAGUGGAGCUGGAGAAGGAGUUCCACUUUAACCGGUACCUCUGCAGACCCAGGAGGGUAGAGAUGGCCAACCUGCUCAACCUCACCGAGAGACAGAUCAAAAUCUGGUUCCAGAACCGCAGGAUGAAAUACAAGAAGGAUCAGAAAGGUGUCGGAAUGAUGCCUUCCCCUGGCGGACAGUCCCCUCGGAGUCCCGUGGGCCCGGCCUCUGGCGGUGGUGGUGGUGGAGGAUACCUCAACUCUAUGCAUUCUCUUGUAAACAGUGUACCUUACGAAUCCCAGUCGCCGACGUCUUACAAUAAACCUCAUCAAAAUGCAUACGGUAUGGCUACGUCAUAUCCCCCUCCUUUGAACAGCUCCCUCAACAACUGCCCGCCCUCCCAGAAGAGAUAUGCCGGGACCGACUCGGCCACGCCCGAAUAUGACGCGCAUCCUCUCCAAGGCAAUGGCAACUACGGGACUCACAUGCAGGGCAGCCCUGUUUAUGUCGGCGGAGGUUAUAUCGACUCAAUGCCCAAUUCUGGGACCUCCGUUUUCGGUCUGACCCAUCUCCCGCACCCUCCGUCCGCAAAUAUGGACUAUAAUGGAGCAAUCACAAUGGGCCACAGUCAGCAACACGGAGUGUGUGAUCCGACACCGACGUACACAGACCUAACGUCGCACUACUCUCAGGGAAGAAUCCAGGAAGCGCCCAAACUGACGCAUCUGUAGCGGUGGCGCUGCCCGGAUCACUCCGCCCAUUGUCUUAUCCACCUCCAGACUCCAGACACAUUACUGCUUUGUUUCUUUGCCUCCUCACGGCUCCCACUUCUCUCUCUUCUGUUGUUUAUGUUUUCUAUAGUUUAAUGUGUGAAGUAGCGUAGGAUAAAUAACCACGACUUGCUUGAAUUGUUCUCUAUUUGCUCGUGUCAUUGUCUCACAAAGACCUUUAUGGGCUGUAGGACGUCUAGAGUGGGAGGGAGGGGGGCACAGUAUAGGCCUAUUUAAUCUUUUUUUUUUUUUUUUUUUUUUUUAAAUAUUGUUUAAAAAUCGAAACUCAGACAGGGUAUUAUGAACAUAUGUUAUUCAUUUUUAAUGUGAAAUUGUCCGUCUUUUUAUUUAUCCGCAGUUGAAGAAUUAUUUUUUCUUCAAGUUUUGCAUUUUGUUGCACUUGUGAAAGGAUCCUUCUAGAGCCACGAGUUGGGAUUAUGAGGAAAAUACAUUUUCAGAAACAAAGGUCACUAGCUUACACGCAACCUCCCUUGCUUGUGUUGUUCUAUUGGACUUUCUAAUGUUAUUUAUUUUGUUCGGUGUUAAGAUAAAAGAGUCCUUUAGUAUUAUUUGACACCUCUGCAAUCUUUGUGUGGGGACAGAUUGGUAGAAAAUUAGCGUCUCGGCUCCUUUCCAGCCCAUACAUGCCGUCUGCAGAAGCUCCUCAGCAGUAGCAGCAGCAGCAGCAGCACAUCAUGUUGCUAUUAUGUUUCCAUUUUUUCUUCUCCGAGGUGGUGUUUUUAUUUUCUCAGCGAAUGUAAAAUCAAUCAGUCAUGCAAUAAGGCUGGAAAGAAGGACACACAUUAGCAGUUUCUUUGUUGAAGAAAAAAGAAACCCGACAUUAAUUUUCUUUUUCGAUGUCAUACAUUCCACGCUGCUCCAGUUUGAAGAAAUAAAUAAAAUAAUUGAAAUAUAAUUCAAGCAAAUAUUGCAGUUUUAAUUUAGACACAUCAGACGCAUUUUACAUGAUCACAAAAUUAAACACAAUACAGUUUAAAAAAUAUAUAUUUCUAGUUUUGCAAUUCUUACAUAUCAGUAUUCUUAUAUAUUUCAUGACGGUAAAGAAUUGUAGUAGAGGUAAUAGCAAAAAGAAAAAAAAACAAUUGGCAAUAUAAGAAACAAUACAAUGUUAAUAGUUAGGAUAAAUAAUGAACCAUGGAUGAUCAUUGCUAAAUCUAUAUAUUGGUAUAAUAUUAAAAAAAUAAUAAUUUAAAACCAGUGGCUAUAUUUCAUAUUCAAUAACAGAAAGGGAAAUGGCCGCACAUACAUUCAAAUAUUAAAUCAAAGCUACUUGUUUUUUUUCUCCCCUCUUCUUGAUUCGACGUGAAGGAAACACUCGGGUGGCCUUCUUCCCUCCUCUCACCUGCGUGGGCACAUCCAUAAUAAUAAAAAUGUCACCGGGCGCUUCUGAAGAUUCUGCAAGAAGACAACAAGCUAAAUGAGAAAUCGUUUGAAAAAUAAUUUCCUGAUAUGUUCAGUCAGUCAAAUGCGGCCAGAGAGGAUACAGGCUGAAGUAGAAUCGUAACGGGGCUUAUUUGUCUCAUUAUAUUACAUAUUUGCAGAUGCCAGCGUAAAGCCAGUUCAACACGAAAAGCCUCGGUUGUGUGGAUGGUUACAGCAAAGCAAAUUAUCAGUGGAAAGCUGAAAAACGGCAGUGAAUUCAUUUGUGUAUUUUGUUAAAAAUGAAGGGCCUGCAUUAGAAGUGAUAUUUAUAUUUGAAUUAUUAAUUGUUUGUUUGCAGUAAGUACUAGCAUUGCUGGAAAAGUAGAGUACAUGCACACAUGGAGCUAAAAUGCCUAUAUUGUUUUGUCUUUUUUUUUUUCAGGAAAAAUGCUAAUAUUUUCUUUACGGUGCUCAAAGACUUUUUUUUUUUACUUUUUUCAUCAAAUUACCAAAACCUUUUUGUACCAUGUUUACACUUUGUGAUUAUGUUAUUCCUUUGUGCAACUGCAGUAUUAUUUGUUCUCACAAGAAAUAAUUUUCAGCCCAAUGUGAUUGAUAUGAGAGGGCAUGAACAUUACUACCCCUGACAUAUGGUUAGCAGGGAAACCUAGAACAAUUGAACCAUGGUGUGUCACAGUAAAAAAAAAAAAAA